CCCAGUAUUACGUCGGCGGCUGACCACGUCGCAUGGUCUGUAAAUUCACUCGCAAUCGGAUUCUACUGUGCUGCGAAACGGAACGAAUGGCGUCUCCUCGAGUGCUGUGAAUGAAAUCGUGAACGUCGUAUGGUGAUUGACUGACGAUCAUAGAUUUUCCACGACAUCUUAUCCUCCAUCUCGAUCGGGAAACUGAUCGGAUUCACUUAUUCGGAACGUGGAAAUCCUUCGUAAUUUUAUCGAUAGACAGUCAAUCGCGAAGCUGACAUUUGCAUCUAGUGUUAUCGAAUCACCCGAAAUUUAUCAACGGCGUGACUAAAUAAUAAAACGCCGUGCGAAAUAAUGCUUACGUAAUAGGAGUAUUAUUAUCAGCGCGAAAGGAGCGCGUACUGACCUUGACGAACUUGGCAUACAUCGUUCAGAAUGCGGAUAACGCGGAUGCGCGGUUCGAUAUUACAUUCGAACAUGUGACACAUUACAGACCAACCUCGAUCACGGAAGGGCGUUACGAAGCGGCCGUGGAUACGGGAUGACGACCAACGUCACAUCGAUGGUGGUGGACUAUCUGGUUUUCAUCGGGUUCAUCGUGAUCUCCUUCGUGAUACCGCUAUGGGGGAACUUCAGGACGAAGAAAAAGGAGACCAAGGCGAAUUACGUGUUCGCCACCGGCAGCGUGUCGAUGGGGGCGAUGAUGCUGUCAAUCGCGCGGGGAACUCUCGGCGUCAGAUCCUUCCUCGGUUAUCCCUCGGAAUUGUAUUAUCGAGGUAGCGCCAUGUGGGAGACCCUGUAUGGGAUGUUACUCGCCUAUCCCAUCGUCUGCUUUAUCUUCGUUCCCGUUUACUACAGUCUCGGUAUCACAUCGGUCUACCAAUAUCUGGACAUGAGGUUCAAGUCGAAACUAGUCAGAUGUCUGGCGAGCUUCUCAUACGUCAUACGGAGCCUCUUAAAUUUGGCGGUCACGGUGUUUACUCCUUGCGUAGCGUUGAAAGCAGUGAUUGGACUUCCAUACUGGGCUAGUAUCGUAGGAAUAACUACUAUUUCCGUGGCUUUCACAAUCAUGGGAGGUUUGCGAGCUGCCAUCCUAUCGGAUGUUAUACAAGGCCUGACGAUGAUCGGUGUAUCCGUGGUAAUCAUUAUACAGGGAACUGUUAACGUCGGCGGCCCAGCUAACGUCUUUAACGUGACUGCCGAACGCGGACGCUUGGAUUUUUUCAACUUUGAUAUGGAUCCAACUGUUCGAGUAACGACAAUAUCGGCGACACUCGGUCAGCUCUUCAUGAGUUUAUCCAUUUUCGGAUGUCAACAGAAUUUUGUCCAGAGAUAUUGCAGUAUGUCCAGCCAAAGAAAGGUUGUCCAUACGAUGAUGGCCAACAUGCCUAUAAUAGUAAUCCUGUUCUCGCUAUCUUGGAUCGUGGGAAUGGUAAUCUUCGCUAAUUACGCCGACUGCGAUCCACUCUCUCUGGGAUACAUAUCGAAGAUCGACGAAAUCGUGCCUUUCUACGUCGAAGACAAAUUCCUCAACCUACCCGGUAUGCUCGGUUUAGUGAUGGCAACUCUAUUUAACAGCGCCUUAACUUUGGCUGUAUCGAAUCUCAAUUCACUCGCGACGGUGACAUUCGAGGAUUUUCUGAGUCAUAUACCGGCAUUGAAAGAUCUUAAAGAUACGCAGCAGCUCAACACGAUCAAAAUCAUCGGUUUUAUCUACGGUCUGUUAAUAAUCGGCAUUAGUUUCCUAGUAGCCAUGCUGUCAGGCGUAAUAGAAUCUUCUAUGCUAAUGACAUCGGCGACGUCCGGACCUCUUCUCGGCGUAUUUCUCCUUGCCAUGUUGGUACCUUGCGCCAAUUGGAAAGGUGCCGCCGCUGGUAUGAUUUUCAGCCACAUAACGACAUUGUGGAUCACCUUCGGUCAUCUAAGUCUCAGUACUGUAACGAAGAUGCUGCCAUUAUCAACGGAGGAUUGCCACAAUGAGACCUUUUCGUCGUGGGUCACAAAACCAAUCAGUUUAGAUUAUUCCACGCCAAACGUCUCUAGCUGGACAAAAAUUCAUGAGAACAUCACGACAUUGACGUCUGUCGAUGAGUCUGAUAAAUCGUCCAAUCCUCUAAAUGUCAUCUACGGGAUCACGUAUAUGUAUUACGCCUUUAUUGGUAGCAUGACGACGGUCAUCGUCGGUAUCCUUGUGAGCUUGAUUACGGCCGAUGCCGAAUCAGAUAAAUACGAGGAGCAUUUGCUACAUCCUAUAGCGCGGAAAGUAGCGGGUCUAAUUCCCGGAAAGCAAAGGCUCUACGCCAGUAGCACCCGACUCGGCAAUAAAAACGAUGCUACAAACGCCACUCUUUCCUCGGUGGCAUCCAUCGCCGGCAGUACCGAGAAAGGGAUAGAAAGAAUUCCUUCCCUUCAAGGAUUCAUGGAUGACGAAGGCAAGUUGCAUCUAGACAACGGCUACGUGGAGAAACUCAACGCGUUGAAGAACGCUUCUAUCGAUGUGACUAAUGAGAUCGGCAAACACACCAGAUUAUGAUUCAAUCCUAGUCCAUGAGGAGUGUUCCUCGUAUAUUACUACUCCUACAACUCGUGGAAAAUCUCGACGAUAUUUUCAAGAGAGUGACGGUAUACCGUGAUAAACUUGACGAGCGAGCAAUUGCGUGUAUUAGUGCCAAAUUUUGUUAUCCCAGCGUCGUACAUGUUUGUGCUGGAUUUGCAAACUGUGCGCGUAGAACGUAAUUACCCGUAAGCAAAGUUUUCUUCGAUUACAUUGCUCGAACUAACUCACAUUCAGCUCAAAAUAUCGCUCAAAUAAAGAUAAUUUAGGGGUGCAAUUUGUUAGGAAAACUUCUAACUUGUCUGUGCCAAUUAAAGUUAACUAACGAUACAUGAAUGACGCAUAUUUUGUAAGCUGUAUUUAGACAUGUGAACGUGAUUUACUGGCGAAGAUUGUCAAACACACAUGUAUAUGUUGAAUAGAAAUCGCAUUACUGUUGGCAACGAAUGAGUUCUAUCAGAGCGAAGGAAACUCAGUAGGAGAAACUGAUUAAACUCGCCUUUAGCUAAGAAUAAUUGCUAACUAGUUUUGUAACUUAAUGACGCGAAAUUAAUGAUUUAGUUAUCAACCAAUGAAGCGAAUAUUUUUGUCUUUAUAGCUUUGCGAUGUUUUAAUUGUAUAAGCAAAACAUGUAUUUUUAGUAUAAUUCAAUAAGAAAAAUCAAUUGUUAAUCUCUAUUUAUAUUUGUAAUUAAUCUUUAGAUAUAUCUUAAAUAUAUAUCUUAACAAUAAAAGUAUAAAUGUAUAAGAUGUUUAAAAAUGUAGUACAACAUGAAAAACAAGUUUUAUAAAAAAUAUGUAUAAAAUAUAUAAAAAGAAUAAUAAAUUUAGAAUAAUAUUAAAAAUUCAAAAUUUAGAAUAAUAAAAAAUUUGUUCUUGCGUAUUGUGUAAUUCAUGUAGAAUCACUUUUUUUUUUAAUUCAUAUUAGUAUUGUAUUUUGUAACACCUUUUAUGGUAUACUAUAUAUGUGUAUAUGUAAAUGUGUUGGGCAUCAUAUUUAUGCCAUAAAAAUACAGAAUAAUAAAAUUAAUUUCCAUUAAUUAAAAACUUUAAAGAAAGAAGAAGCACAGAGAUAUAGUAGAAUAUAAUUAUUAUACAACAAAAACCGUGCAAUAUUUUAUAACUUAUUGUUAGUGUAGUGAAAUGUAUUAAAUUAUAUUUGAAUGGGAACUACAUAAUAAUAUAUGUAUUUUCUUACGAGCGAAGAUAUUUGAUAAUGAAAUAGCGAUUAAAGUAUGCGAGCGUUCCUUUAGCAUAAUAUGAAAAUCUUAAAUGGAUUUUUCUCGAAUAUUACGUAGUGUAUAUAUAAUAUAUAAAUAGUAUUAUAAAAUUUAACAAAAGAUAUAUUAUAUAUCGCGCCUUUUCCUGUCAUCAUGUAUGUGCAUUCUGCAGUGUGCAUCUUAUUCAUCAAUCGUGUCGCGCAUCAAACUUCAAUAUUAAAAUUUAUUUUUAUACUUUAUAGAGUUAGCCAUUUUAUAAAUAAAAAAUGUUAUCUUUUAAAAUAUACAUAUAUAUAUAUAUAUAUAUAUAUAUAUAUAUAUAUACAUAUAUAUAUAUAUACGUAAUGAACACAAUGCCAAUCCAGCGACUGUGAUUGUUGAUUUUAUUUGUAUCUCUCUUUUAUUGCACUAUAUUUAUUACUUCAAUAAUACAAGUCAUUCUUUUUUA